AUGCUGGAUCGUUGGAACCCAGCUGCUGUGUGGUUGCUCUAUGGAUGCCUGGCUUGCCUUGUCAUCAGCUCAGUGAAUGUGAAUGCAGAUGGUCGGGUGUUUGUGUUGGACCUGAGGAACUCCUCCGGCCCUCAGGGCUUCAGAGAUGCCGAGCGGGCCUGUGCCUCGCAACGUGCCCGCUUGGCAUCGGCGGAGGAUCUCCGUCACGCUGUGGUGGAGUGCUUCUUCUCUACAUGCACCCGUGGGUGGCUCUAUGGAGGCACAGUGGGGACGACUGUGUGUAAUGUCGCAGGCAGUGGACUGAACGCAGUGGACGUGAGAACAGAAAAUGCCACAGAGGAAAAGGCUCACCUGGACGCCUUCUGCAUCAAAGAUAAAGGCAUGCCGUGUGGGGACCCUCCAUCUUUCCCCAACGCUCGUCUGCAGGGUCACCCGGGCUUUGAGAUGGGCGAUGAGCUGCUCUACACUUGUGUGCCGGGUCACGUGAUGCCCAGCGGACACACUGCCUUCAGCCUGCUGUGCGACAGCUGCGGAGAGUGGUAUGGACUGGUGCAGAUUUGUGUCAAAGAUGGGACUGAAAGUCACAUAGACUAUGAGGACAAGUUCCCAGAUUCCUACGAGGAGGAAGUGCACCACAGCGAGAGGCCAGAGGAGGCUCACGGCGAAGUGUAUGAGGAGGUGCAUGGAGCUGCAUACCCCGAGGGAAGGGGGGGUCAGGAGCAGCAAGAGACGAGCUUUGGUCUCGUGGAGCUUCAGGACGAGCAUGGAGACGCUGAAGCAGGAGGAGAAUCGAAUGGUAGUAAGUUUGAGGGUGAAGAAGAAGAAAAAGACGAGGACCGGGCUGUGGAAGACUUCAUUGGUCACCCGAGGUGGGAGCAGGAGAGGAGGGAGGUGGUGAGGAUAGAUGUAGCUGCAGCCACAGAAGCACCGGUCUCUGUUCUCUCCCAGAAGCACAUGUUCUGGUUUCCCUCUGAGGCUUUUCAGGAGGAGAGUCAGUCUGUCUCCACCAAUCCAGUCCCUCAGACUCCACAGAGAGCUUCAGGCACCCAAUCAGAGGAGAGCAAAGAGCACGAGAGCAAAGAGCACGAGAGCCAGGAAACCCAGCAUCCCGUCGAUGUCGAUGACCAUGAUCACGAGCGAGACGAUCAUGACACAGAUGACCGACAGGAUCGCGACGACAGCCGCCACUAUGAUCGGCCUGACCCUGACAGUCACCAGGACGGAGAUGACCACGAUGACCAUCUGACACAUUACAUUCCAGCUCAGCACGAUGAUCUGGACAGACGGGACCGCCCCGAAAAACACGAGGAAGAUCAUAUUGACCCCAAUGACCAUUAUGACAUGGGUGAACAUGAAGAUGAUCGUGUUAGCUACAGCAGCCCGGAGUACGAUGAUCGGGACGACAGCUACGAUGAACACGAAAGCUACGAGGAUCGCAAGGACGUGACUGACGAUCAUGGUGCGGUUGUUCAAGAGCAUCCUGAAGACUCAAAGGAACAUCCAGACCACCACGACCAUGACGAUGGCGAGGAGCAUUACGACCUGGAGGAGGACGAUAGCGACCAUUUCACUGAUCACGAUGAGCAUGACAACGAUGACCAUGACAGCUACGAUGAUCACGAUAGCCACGAAGAUGUCGAUGAUGGUCAUCAGCGUGUCAUCGUUUCUAUAGCAACAGAUGUACGUGAGAAUGUCACUGCGGAGGGAGCAGAAGAGAAGGCAACGACGGAUGACACCUGGCUAGACGGCUACCCUGUCGUCGUGGAGGAAACGGAAAAAGACGACUUGACAACAGAGAGACCAGAGGACGGAGAGAGGGGGACACAUGCCACGACUGUCCCCUACACCAGCUUACCAGAGGAACACGAAUCUCCCACUGUGGACCCUGAACAAGGUGGAGUAAAGGACGUCUGGCCUGGCUUCAUCCCCACCGAUGCUCCUUCUCCUGAUCAUGUAGAGCCCUCAGACUCCCCCUCGUACUCCGACACCCUCGACUACGACACGCAACAAGCAGCUCCCACCCGCUCCUGGCAGGAAGACCUCACCGAGCACCCCUUCCUCGAUUACGGCCUGGCUCCCCCGGUGCAUGAUGGCGACGUCCUGAUGGAGGAGCACACCGUGAACAACCUGCCCAGUGAGACUGGCGAGCGUGAGGAGGUGGAAGGGGAGAUGGGGGAGGCUAGCUGCGUGGGCGAUGACUGCCCUCCGCGUCCUCCUCAGAGCUCCUCGAGCAAAGGUGCCACAAUUACCGUCAUCAUCGUGGCGUUGUGUGCGCUGGCUGCGGCUGUCAUCGUCGGGGUGUGGUGUUACCGACGGCAGCAGCAGAAGAGCUCGAUGUACGAGAUGAACGGGAAGGGCCAGAGUCACAGCAGACACGCCCAACAGAUAGAGAUGCAGCAAAAAGUGUAA